UUGUAAAGCAGCGCCGACAGUUUUAUGUUCUAUAAAGACACUAGAAUAGACCUAUAUAGAGAAAUUUUCUUAUAGUAGUAAAAUAGCGGAAAACCAUUUUGUAAACUAUUAUCAGUAUUUUUGCUUCAAAUUUCCUUUUUUUCCCAUAUUGUGAACUAUUCCAAUUAUCAACUAGAUAAUUAUAAUUGGUUAUUAUCCAACAAACCGGCUAAAUUGGCAACACUGCUGCAGCGACCCCUUCACGACCGUUACCAAGGCAACCGUCGGCGGCACACGAACCCAAACAAAUAGAAAAUUUGAAAAAUGCCUUCAGCAGAUUUUGAAAUGGAAGAUCUCAACAAAAAUAUGAUAAUAUUUAAUGGUUCAAAGCAAGAACUGUUCAAGGUGAACGAAAACUUCAAAAGUUUCCAUAGAAAAUUAAAAUCGGUAUCGAAAGUGUUAGUGAAUCGUGAUGAGAUCAAUUUGGACGCGUUGAAGAACUGCAAUUUGCUGAUCCUGCCUGCUCCUCAAACGUUUUUUGAGGAGUCUGAGCUUAAGGCCAUGGAAACUUACGUGCAGGAAGGCGGUCGGGUAUUAGUACUUCUGAUUGAAGGGUCACCGAAUGACCCCUGCAACAUUAAUAUUCUGCUAGAGCGUUUUGGUAUAGUACCAAAUUUAGAUUGUCUGAUUCGCACACAUUAUUAUAAAUAUUUUCACCCAAAGGAGUGCUACAUUGCUGACCCCCAAGUGAAUUCUUCCUUGAAUAAGAACAAAUCAGACAUAAAGUUAAUUUACCCGUUUGGUUGCACUAUGAGCGUCUUAAAACCCAGUGUAGUAUGCUUUAAGAGUGGCUUUGCAUCGUUUCCAGUUGAUUGCCCUUUGGGGGCAGUGUAUUACAAUGAAAAAACUGGGGGGAAACUAGUGGCUGUUGGCUCAGGUCAUAUGUUCAGCGACAAGUAUCUUGAGCAAGAGAAUAAUGACCUUAUGAGAGAGGUUCUGCUAAAAUUUCUUCAAAGUAAUGAGCAAGUGCACUUUUUAGCUACAGACCACGAUGAUAUGGAUGUGACAGAUAGAAAUAUAGUGCCUGAGACAGCUGAAUUAGCUGAGAAACCCAAGUUAUGCUUAACAGAUGUUAUAAGUAAUACUUCAGUGGUGGAUUAUGUAAAACUCUUUGAUCACAAUGUGCACAGCAUGAACACACACUUAUUACCUGCAACACUGAAGUUAUAUGAAAGAUUAGGGGUGAAGCACACUGGUUUGAAAAUCAUAACACCAAAAUUUGAAGCUCCUUAUCCGGCUUUGCAGGCAGCAGUGUUCCCUCCAUGUUUCAGGGAACUUCCACCACCUUCACUAGAGCUUUUUGAUUUAGAUGAGGCAUUUAGUUCAGUUUUUUCAAAAUUGGCACAGUUCACUAAUAAAUAUGUGAUGUCUGAUGCACAGAAUGAUGAGGAAAAAUUCUUGAGUAAUUAUGUGAAAAGAUGCUGUAAAAUUGUUGGAUCAGAUGAAGAAGAAUCGGCUUUAAAGUUGUUGUAUAACAUGGGCACAGAGAUUGCUGAGUUUAAGAGCAUAGACAACAUAAAGUAAUAUGAAAUAAAUAAUUAUUAAUACUAGGUGUAAAGUCUAUAUAAUAAACUACUUAUAAAUAAAUAACAA